GGCGAGGUGGGGCGGAGCGGCGGCCCCGACCCCGCCAGGGUGGGGCGGAUCCCGUCCCCUCGGCCGCCCGGGGCUAGGGCUAGAGGUCCAGGCCGACGAGCCUCGUCGCGGCCGUGCUGCACUUCUGUGCCCCGAGGCCCGCGCUGGAAGCGGGCCUGGUGUGCUCGCCCCGCUGCUCCGCGAGGCAGGUCCGGAGGCUCGCGCGUGUCGCCUCCCCCAGCGCCCGCCGUCCGGAGAGUCGCCGGCCUGGGUCGCCGCCGGGUGGAUAUAUCUGCACCUGGAAGGGAAGAUAAAGCAAAAAUCUUUGAAAAUAGAUGGAAUUUGGUCACUUUCUGUGAACUAAAGCGAUUCAAUGUCUCUUUUGGAUUGUUUCUGUGCUUCACGAACACGAGUUGAAUCACUCAGACCCGAAAAACAGUCAGAAACCAGUAUCCAUCAGUACUUGGUUGAUGAGCCAGCCAUUUCCUGGUCACCUCCAUCUGCCAGAGCCAGUGAAGCGAUCUGUUCCACUAGUGUCUCUCACUAUGAACUGCAAGUGGAAAUAGGAAGAGGGUUUGACAACCUGACCUCUGUUCACCUCGCACGACACACUCCUACAGGAACUCUGGUGACUAUAAAAAUUACAGACCUGGAAAACUGCACGGAAGAACGGCUGAAAGCCUUACAGAGAGCAGUGAUUCUAUCUCACUUUUUCCAACACCCCAAUAUUACAACUUAUUGGACAGUUUUCACUGUUGGCAGCUGGCUUUGGGUUAUUUCUCCAUUUAUGGCCUACGGUUCAGCAAGUCAGCUCCUGAGGACCUACUUUCCUGAUGGAAUGAGUGAAACGUUAAUAAGAAACAUUCUCUUCGGAGCAGUACGAGGGUUGAACUACCUGCACCAGAAUGGCUGUAUCCAUAGGAGUUUUAAAGCCAGCCAUAUCCUCAUUUCUGGUGAUGGCCUGGUGACCCUCUCUGGCCUGUCCCAUCUGCAUAGUUUGGUUAAGCACGGACAGAGGCAUAGGGCUGUGUUUGAUUUCCCACAGUUCAGCACUUCAGUGCAGCCGUGGCUGAGUCCAGAACUGCUGAGACAGGACUUGCAUGGAUAUAAUGUGAAGUCAGAUAUUUACAGUGUUGGGAUCACAGCAUGUGAAUUAGCCAGUGGGCAGGUACCUUUCCAGGACAUGCAUAGGACUCAGAUGCUAUUACAGAAACUAAAAGGUCCUCCCUAUAGUCCGCUGGAUGCCAGCAUUCUUCCGCAGUCAGACUCUAGACUGAGAAACUCCCAGUCAGGAGUGGACUCUGGGAUUGGAGAGAGUGUGCUCGUCUCCACUGGAACUCACACCGUCCAUAGUGACCGGCUCCACACGCCCUCCACAAAAACCUUCUCUCCUGCCUUUCUUAGCUUGGUGCAGCUGUGUUUGCAGCAAGAUCCUGAGAAAAGGCCAUCAGCAAGCAGUUUGUUGUCCCAUGUAUUCUUCAAGCAGAUGAAAGAAGAAAGCCAGGACUCUAUACUCUCACUGCUGCCGCCUGCUUAUAACAGGCCAUCAGUGGCACUGCCGCCAGUGUCGCCAUGGAGUGAGCUGGAAUGCGAGUUUCCUGAUGACAGAGACCCAGACUGGCAGUUCUAGGGUUGGAAAUCAUUUUAUGUCCUCCAUACUUGACAGCUUCUCCUUGCUGCUUCUCUUCUGUAUUGUUCGGUACAAAUGCCAGAUCUAUACUUGAAAAUACAGUUGGUGCACUGGAGAAUUGACGAGGUAAAAGCGCUCUGUUUGUGGGGCCUGGAUUACCCCGUGCUUAGCUCAGCACCUUCACAACCGCAGUGUCACAGUUGCAGUCUAGCUGGUUAGUGUCACCUCUCCUACCACCCACCCCACCUUUCCAAGCUGUGACUGGUACUUUCUGGAUCUCAGUGUAAUUUCUGAGCCAGUUAAUCUUCUUCUCCAUGUUGCUGUCCUCUGGGGAAUGAGCCCUCCUCAGAGCACAAUGCUUUCAGGAACAUCUUCUCUUCCAGACUCUCCAGCCUUUUUGAUCAGCUGUUGUUAGAUGAACAGGCUGGUGUAUUCUGGCACAAAGCCCUUUUUAUUUGGAGAAGGAAAAAUGUUUGUCGUAUUCCUUUCAUAUAUGGUGACAUCAAACUGAGCCUUGCUCACAUUAAAUAAUUAACUUGAACUAUAAAGAGAAGAUGCAGUUUGCAUUUUAAAAGGGAGGGGGCUAAUGUAACACUUUUCUACCUGUGUAAAUUACGGAUCCUUAAUUCAUGCACCCUGUGGGAGCUCAAUAAAGAUUUACUACAUUGAA